UCGCCCAGUACAGUUUCACCGCACCGUUCCCUGCGCAGGCAUUCCCGACAUUCUCCGCGCUCCCUGCUCUGCACCUGUCGGACAGGUGUGGCGGGUUGACUGAGCCGAGCUGCGGAGACACACAGCGCGCGCGGAGCCGUUCGUGGUCACCUAUGGGUGAGUGUCUGCGCAGAGCGUGCCCCUGCCUGCAGUCACUGUGGGAGAGGAUCCUCACGGGCAAGAAGGCUCCUCAGCCAGCGGGAGCAGGAGGUGAAGAAGAGGAUGGAGGAGGACGGAGAGGGACCUGCAGCGACGGGGAGCAGCCCCAGGCCCCGACGCCGCCCCCGAAGCCCCCGAAGGAGACCGCCUCCGAGGGUAGCUGCAUCUACACGGCCAUGUGGCCCUUCGAGUCCCGGCACCAGGAGGAGCUGUCCUUCCAGGAGGGAGACCUGUUCAGGGUGGUCAGCCGCAGCGGAGACUGGUGGACUGCGCGGAAGAUCGACCGCAACGGGCACGUCGUGGCGCAGGGCAUCGUCCCCAACAACUACCUGGCGAGGGCAGAGUCCAUCAACGUGCAGCCAUGGUUUUAUGGGAAGCUGAGCCGCUUCGAGGCCCAAAAUCACCUGAUGGCCCCAGGAAACGAAGAGGGAGCCUUCCUCGUCCGGCAGAGCGAGAAAGACGACAUCGGAUACGUCCUGUCAGUGCGAUCCGGCAGCCGCGUGAAGCACUUCAAGAUCCACCAAGGAGAUGAUGGUUUCCACAUCGAGCCCAAGCAUCAUUUCAGCUCGCUGAUCGACGUGGUCGACUUUUACUGCGCCAACAGCCUCAACACCACCGGCCAGCUGGGCAAGCCCUGCAAGAAGAAAAGGCCAGAAACCCAGGAUUUGAACCACUUCACGGUGGACGAGUGGGAGCUCCCGAAGGAGGAGUUCACGCUGGAGGAGGAGCUGGGCAGCGGCUUCUUUGCUGAUGUUUACCGCGGCCGCUGGAAAAACCACAUCAGCGUCGCCAUCAAGAUCCUGAAAAGCGACUCGGAGCUGAACCACAAAGAGUUUCACGGGGAAGUUCAGAUCCUAAAGCGCCUGCGCCACCGUCACCUCAUCUCGCUGUUCGCCGUGUGCACGGCGACCAUGCCGUACUACAUCAUCACCGAGCUGAUGGAGAAGGGCAGCCUGCUCAAGUUCCUCAGAAGUCCAGAGGGCCAAAUACAAGACGUCGCAUCCCUCGUUGACAUGGGAGGCCAGGUGGCUGAUGGGAUGUCAUAUCUGGAGGAGAUGAACAGCAUCCACAGAGAUCUGGCGGCUCGAAACGUCCUGGUGGGACAUGACUACAUCUGCAAGGUGGCCGACUUCGGCCUGGCCAGAGUCAUCAAGGAGCCGUUUUACAUCUCAGAAGACAAAAAGAUUCCCUACAAGUGGAGCGCUCCCGAGGCCAUCAGCCACGGGAAGUUCUCCAUCAAGUCCGACGUCUGGUCUUUUGGCAUUCUGCUCUACGAGAUCAUCACCCGUGGAGGAGUUCCUUACCCAGCUUACAGUAACCAGGAAGUGUACCAGCAGGUAACCCUGGGAUACAGGAUGCCCAAACCGCCCAACUGCCCAGACUUUCUCUAUGAAAUCAUGAAGCGGUGCUGGAGCACCGAGCCGGCCGACCGGCCCGACUUCAGGGUACUGAGGGUCAAACUGGAGUGCAGCUCGUAUGAGUUAGAGACGGCACAACCCUGAACUGCUGCAGUACAGAUGGAGCGCCACAGGGGGGCAGCAGAGAGGCAGCAGAGAGGCAGACACAGAGCAGCGACUGCAGAGCUCUUCAGUGAGGACGCGCUUCAAAGAGCAGAACCACCGAGAGUCCCCAAAGACUGCAGCUGACUCACACCACCACCACCACCAUCUUCACCAACAUCACCAUCAUCAUCACCAACA